UAUUAAGGCCUGUUUGUUCUGGUCUGUCCCUCAUUACCCACACACAAUCCGACCAGGUCUUAUUCUUCAAACACUUCCAUGAAAUCUCACUAAAAUAUUUUGACUGGACCUCCAAAAUUCUAUGGGCCGUUGUCUGGGAGAAGAGAUGCUAAUCACUCAAUCUUCACUCCAGCAGGGUGAUGUUGCCUUUUGGCUGCCGUCUGUUUUGGGAGAAAUGCGUUCCGCCCAGGCGGCUCUGGGCCUCCGUAGCCGCUGGGGAAAGAUGGUGGUGGUUCCGGAUGUUCACGUCAGAAUCUGCGCGCAAGAAAUCAUCAAAUAUGAUCUGGAAAUAAAGGCGUUGGUCCAGGAUAUCAGAGAAAGUCCUGGACCCUUGAGCUUACUCACAGAAUUAAAUGCUAAAGUGAAAGUCAUGUUUCAGCAACUCCGGCUUCAAAUACAGGACCUAGAACAGAUGGCAAAGGAACAAGAUAGAGAAUCUGAUAAACAAGCUCUACUGGCUGAAGUAGAGAAUCAUCGCAAGCAAAUGUUAAGCAACCAAACAGCUUGGCGAAAAGCAAACCUAGCCUGCAAGCUUGCUAUAGACAAUCAUGAAAAAGAUGAAUUGCUGCACAGUGGUGAUUCUUCAAUUCGGCACCGAAAGAUGACGAAGGAAGGCUUGGUGCAGACUGCAAGCAGCAUUACAGAGAGUUUGAUGAGUAUCAGUAGGAUGAUGUCACAACAAGUGCAACAGAGUGAAGAAUCAGUGCAGACACUAGCAACAUCAUCAAGGACUGUUCAGGAGACAAAUGAAGAAUUUAAAAAUAUGACUGGCACUAUUCAGCUGGGACGCAAGUUGAUUACAAAGUAUAAUCGUCGAGAGUUGACUGACAAGCUGCUUAUUUUCCUUGCUUUGGCUUUGUUUUUGGCAACUGUCGUAUAUAUUUUAAAGAAACGUCUAUUUCCUUUCCUAUAGAGCUAGAAUAAGAAGCAUGCAUCAAGGAGGAAUUGAAAUUAGGAACACUUCUAAAUGAUCCAGGGCACAACAAAAGCAAUUGUAUUAUAUUUAUUUAUGAAUUAAAAUGCAAACACAUUAAGACAACCAUAUAAGUAAUUUCUUAUUUUAUGUACAUUAAUUAGAGCUUAAUUGGGAUUAUAAUUGAUACUAGGAAGCAAAGCAUAAGUAUUUGCAACUUGAGAUAUUUUGUGUUUUUCCCUUUAGCUGUAUGCUAUUACUAAAUUGGUAGGAAUAUUCGUCUAAGAAUUCAUAUCUGUGACAACCUUAAAGAAGCUAAAAUUUGAGAGAUGCAGCAUUUUUGUUAAUAAUAUGUACCACAUCAUGCAUUAUUGAGCCAACUAAAGUUGCUUGGAUUCUGAGGAAUUCUGCUUAACAUUUAAGUAUUGAAAAGGACGACUACACCCUGUAGUUGUUUCAUGUCUUUAAUAUUAUGGAUGUAGUCAAAAUAGUUUACCGGAUUUUGUUAUCUGUAAACAAAUCAUCUUACUUGACUGAACAGGACCAAUUGUUUACGUUGUUGCACAACUCCCUAUACUAAGGCUAUAUAAAUUUAUUUUGUAACCUGUGUUCAUAUUUAAUGUAAGGAAUUUUGGCCUUUUGUUAAAAUUGUGGGAAUAUUUGCAUGUUUAAAAAUAUUAAACAGAUCCAUUAGAAAAUAUUUAAAUACUAAUAUGUGGGCAACAUAAUUAAUCUUAUUUAACUUGUAUGUAAGAGGAGUUUGAAUUAUGACUACAAAUUAUGACUAAAACAUUUGCAUUUCCAAUUGUCAAAAUAAAGCUUCAGAAAAAGUCUUUUCUACUGUCUGAUGUUUUGUUAAAGCUCUGUUUUUAAUGAAGCUAAUUCAAGGUUUGACUGUCUGCAUUUAUUAUGCAAAUAAUAGUUUCUAUUAAUUUUAUACCAUAUUUAUACUUUAUUUG